GGCUGGGGAAGCGGGGUCGGGGUGGGCGGGUGAAUCCCCCCGCCCAAGCCUCAGGGUGUCGGGGAGGAGGGCGCUCCAGACACGCCCCCUGUCCCCAGCAGCUCCCACUCUGCCCGGCGCUGUCCUAGAAGGCCAGACAUUGGCCCGUGGCCACCUGCCAAGUGGGGCCGGGAGCCGGGACCGGGGGAAAGGGCCUCGGCGGCGGCCCGAGGGCCCUCAGAGCCUGCCGCCGCGGCCACUCCCUUAGACUCUGGCCGUGCGGGGACCGGGGGCGCUCUGCCUCCGCCUUAUAAGAAGCCCGGCGCGGGGCCCGCGGCGAGGCCGGAGGCGGGCACGGGGCUCGGGCCGCGCAGGGACGCCCCCACCGGCGGCGGCUCGGCGACAUGGGCCGCUACUCGGGCAAGACGUGCCGGCUGCUCUUCAUGCUGGUGCUCACCGUCGCCUUCUUCGUGGCCGAGCUGGUCUCGGGCUACGUAGGCAACUCCAUCGCGCUGCUGUCCGACUCCUUCAACAUGCUGUCGGACCUGAUCUCGCUGUGCGUGGGGCUGGGCGCCGGCUACGUGGCGCGGCGACCCCGCGGGGGCCUGGGGGCCACCUACGGCUACGCGCGCGCCGAGGUGCUGGGCGCGCUGAGCAACGCCGUCUUCCUCGCGGCGCUCUGCUUCACCAUCGCCGUGGAGGCCGUGCUGCGCCUGGCGCGGCCCGAGCGCAUCGACGACCCCGGGCUGGUGCUGGUCGUGGGCGCGCUGGGGCUGGCAGUCAACGUGCUGGGGCUGCUCAUCUUCCAGGACUGCGCCGCCUGGCUCGCCUGCUGGGGCCCCCGCCGCCGCCCGCCGCCGCCGCCGCCGCCGCGCGAGCAGCCCCAGCCGCCGGCCCGGGGCCGCGCCCCGAGCGCCAUCGGGGGUCCCCGCCGGCCCUCGGCCGCCGCCCGAGGCGUGGCGGCCGCUUCAAGGCAGGACGAGCAGGGGGCGACGGUGUUCUCCAACGUAGCAGGUGAUUCUCUGAACACCCAGAAUGAACCAGAAGAGACUAUGAAAAAGGAGAAAAAGUCUGAAGCCCUGAAUAUCAGAGGUGUGCUUUUGCACGUGAUGGGCGAUGCCCUGGGGUCAGUGGUCGUAGUGGUCGCGGCCAUCAUAUUCUAUGUGCGUCCCCUGCCCCCUGAGGACCCGUGUAACUGGCAGUGCUACAUCGACCCCAGCCUGACUAUCUUCAUGGUCAUUAUCAUUUUGUCAUCCGCCUUCCCUCUCAUCAAGGAGACUGCUGCCAUUCUGCUGCAGAUGGUCCCCAAAGGCCUGAACAUGGAAGAGCUGAUGAGCCAGCUCUCAGCUGUGCCGGGGAUUAGCAGCAUACAUGAAGUGCACAUCUGGGAACUUAUAAGUGGAAAGAUCAUUGCCACACUGCACAUCAAGUAUCAGAAGGACAGGGGCUAUCAGGACACCAGUAGGAAAAUUCGAGAGAUCUUCCACAGUGCAGGAAUCCACAAUGUGACCAUCCAGUUUGAGCAGGUGGACUUGAAGGACCCCGUGGAACAGAAGGACCUCCUGUUGCUCUGCAGCUCCCCCUGCAUCUCUAAGGGCUGUGAGAAGAAGCUGUGCUGCCCUCCCGGGGCCCUACCCCUGGCGCACGUCAACGGCUGUGCGGAACACAAUGGCUGUACCCCUCUAGACACAACCCCGAGUGAUAGCUUCGCUAGACAAGAAACAACAGAAGUGGUUAUUGAAGUAUCUCCAGACAACUGUCUGAGUGACCAUGGACAAGCUCUUAGCAAAACUCAGGAGGACCAACAUUAUGUCAACAGCACACAUUUUUAAUCUGGUCCCCACAUAAACAGACUGAAUAGACGAGGCAUUCUGGCUGGUGGAAAGACCUGUGUGGGCUGUAUCAAAUUUGUGGUGUGCUUGCUCUGUGUUCAAAGAGGGGCUGGUUGUUUGGGAUGUUAAUUGCAUGUAUCUGUUAAUUUCUGUGUGACUGAGAACUUUACGUUGUCCCCAGUGUCUCAGGCUGCUCUUCAACAAAUUCACUGUUUUAGUUUGAACAUUUAUUUUAAGAAGCAAACUGUGCUCGUAUCUGUGUCAGGGAUGUUGAAGGCUGGGACUCCAUGGCUGUGGACACGGGAUUCAAAGCAGUUCCUGUUUUAAAGUGAUAAGAACUUGUAGCGGACUCUCAGGUGAGCUCAUAGCCAAGUACAUCGAAAAAGCUUAAGAAUCGUGAUAGCUAUUUUUUUUUUUUCAUUCCACUAGAAGAUCACAAAAAAAGGAAAGUUGGAUAGUCCUGUCACUGCGGAAAUUUUUUUCUUUGGCUCAUUUUCGAAUAAAUGAAAAGUGAACAUCUAUUAGAGUAGAAAAUAUUCUCAGAACAUUAGAGGAAGUGGAGUUUAUUGGGGGAAGACAGGAAGAAAAUCCGUUGACUACCUCUUCAUUUUGUCAGGUGGAGGGAGAACUAAUGUUUACUUUCCACUGCGAAAUGAAUUGCAGCUGUAGGGUGCUUCAGAUGUUUAAUGCAUAAAAUACCUUUUUUUCCGCUUGGAAGUGUGGGAAUAUUUCCACUUUCUAAGGUACAACACAAUACAUGUAUCUUGUCUUGUGGGAUCAGUCCACUGGGACUGUUCUUAUUUAUUGCAUAAUGGCUCAUUUGUCCAAAUUUCCUUUGGGUUUUUUUUUUUUUUUUUAAGGCUCACACUUAUAAGUAUAGCAUUUACCAGGAGAACAUGGGUAUUCCUGAGGUAGAAGAAUAUAUGACACUAUUCCUGCCCCCACAAAAAUAAAUAAAUAAGCUAGAGUGACUUUUCUUUCACUAGGCAUAUUUUGAAGUAUUUAUUACAGUUGCCAACUAGCAACUUGAUGGAAAAGUGUAUGUGUAGGGCAACAUGAGAAUUAAUUUAACUGCUGCCUUUAAAUGUGUCUUGGGGAGCUUACAGUUUCCCUUAUUUCCUUUUCUGACUCUGACCCCUAUUACCAAUUUCAAAUAAAUUUAUUAGACUCUAAUUUGGAUCUACAAUCGACUUCCAUUAGCAUUGGAGAAGUGUCUGUCCCGUACUGAACACAUUGUUGAGGCAGCAGUAUUUUAAUCAGAAGAGUUUCAAGACAGGUCUGAGAAAGUGGAAGAUACCCUCAUAGAGAACUAGAUUCUUACCCGAUGGGUUACAAAAUUGACUGGCAAUGGUCGUCUCUUAGGCUCCAGGCACUGAGUCCUGUUUCAUAUCUGCACAGUAGUCAACAGAAAUGCUGGGUUGGUCACAGAAAAAGCGCCCGCAUUUUUCAGCACUAAUACCAUCUUAAAAAAGUGCCUUAGUGUUCAUUCUAAGCCUGAAAUAAAUAAGCAGCUGUGAUCAGUAGGAUAGGAAUCUUUUCUCUUUCCUUGAAAAUUUAUGAUCUGAGUUUAAAUUGGCCAUGAAUUAAGAAAAUGCAUUUUUAUCCCUAGCUAUUUAUUGGACUAGUCUGUAUAGCCAAAAGAAGGGUUAAAAAAAAGGACAAUGUUUUUAUUUUUGAUACUAAAGGUACAGCAUGUACUCACACACACACACACACACACACACACACACACACACACACAAAACAGGGGAUUCUCUUUGACGCUCACCACGGUGAGUGGAUGAAAUUCUAGACAAGUGUUGGUUGAGAUGUCUUGACUGGAACCAAAGAAGAAAUGUGUCCCUCAUUUCCAAAUUUGAAGGUCUAAUUUGAUUUCACCUCAUUCUGCUUUUAUCAAAAGAUUAUAAUUUUACAGUUUCUUUGCAGCCGGCUAAAGAAAUGCAUACUGGUUUAUACCCAGAUAAUGUUCUCUAAAGAAGAGUCACUUAAUUCGAAUAGAACUAAAUUUACCUCAGAAAAGUAGCUUAAUGGACACUUACUCACAAAGGGUUAAUGUAAAAUAAUCCCUUUUAAGACAGUUCGAGUACAUUUAAAGUGUUUGAGCAAGCUAAUUCAAUGCAAUAUUUUUGUGUGGGGCUCGGUGCUUUCCUUCGUCUUCUCCAGCACUGUGAUGCCUGCAGUCUGGUCUCUCUACUUGGGUUUUGCUCUCUCAGGGAAAGGCGGGGUUUUUCUGUUCCUCUUUGAGGCAGCCUUGCCUGGUGGCAGUAGGUCUGAUGAACAGUGGCUUUACCAAUGCAGUUUUCCUCUGAGAUUAGAAAAGCACGGUCGUUUAUGUUAGCAUCCCUGUGUGCUUAGGGCAGUUCCAGAGAUCUUCCUCUUUUUUUAAGGAGAUGAAAAUAAUUUUUGAAAAGUCUAGGGCAUCCUCUGAUUGUCUGGUCAGGGACAGCCAUCCUGCACGCUAACCUAGAACACUCAAGGGAUGGUUCUUGCUUCUGCCCUCUGUCCUUCUGUCUCUAUAGAAAGAGUCCAUCCUCCUCUAUUGCAGCAUUGGCUGUGGGAAGUCCUGUGUUUGCUUUUAUCGUCCCAAUUUCAAUUUUGGCUUGGAAGAGAGAGAUGAAUUGUUUUCAUGACCCCUGGUCAUUAUGAAUAUCCACGAGAGCUCUCAGGCUCCACUGUGGACAACAACAACAACAAAAAAAAGUAUGAUCCCUCUAAUGAUUGAUAAAGCAUCAAUAAAAUAGGGAGACAUUGUUUGAGGAAGAAUUAAAAAUAUUCUUUAUAUCGGUUACUUUUUUUUCUCUUUUUGCCACCAGCUGGUCAAACUUUAGUGGGGGAUAAAUCAGGAACACCAAGUUCUGUAGGAAAGCGUGCUCUCAAGAUGAAAGAAAUCACAGGAGUGGAUUUGGGAUUAUAAUAAAGGCAGCUGCCCUGUAAGCAAGAAUUUUUGCUAUGCUGUCUUAGCAUUAGGGACAUUUUCAACUGGAUAAUUCCUUGCUGUGUGGGGCAGUCCUCUGCAUUGUAAGAUGGCGCGCAGCAUGUCUGGCUCCUGCCCUCUCAGAUCCACACCCACGAAUCGUGACAACAAAAAAUGUCUCAGGACAUCACCUCAGUCCUCUCUGGGCAAACUGGUCUCCUCUAGUCCUGAGCCCACUGAGUUAACCUAACGAUAAUUGAGAAUUAUUGUUGAUAAAAGUCCCUCCAGAGCCCUGUAAUCAUUUUAUUGGGAUCAGUCCUGCAGAAUUCAGUCUUUAAAAAAUAUUUUUCCAGGAGAGAUCAAACUGUUCGCAAAAAUGACAGUCAUCUCUACAUAGGAACUUUGGACAUUUAAAGGAAAGAUAUAAUUGGCGGGGCGGCGGGGGGAGGCCUUACAAAUCCAAUUAGGCAGAUCGGUUGAUGUAACAGUGAAUGAAAUGAAGAAAAAACAUUUGUUCUCACUGUUCUGUCAUGACCUCUUCAACUCAUGAACGUCCUCAGUUUGAUGAACUCCCUAUAAAAUGAGACCAGAAAAUACCAGUAUGAUUGAUUGUUGGGGCUAAGCUGUUUAAUUCAUCACUGGUUUUAAACUUGAUGAGGUUUCUUCUAUUGGUUCCAGACAAGCAGCUCAUCUUGGUGCCAAGGACAAGUUUAGAUCCUAAAAAAAAUUCUGUAUUGUCUGUGGUUUGCUUAAUCCUUUGCCAACACAUAUCACAUUUUUCCCCGGAGGGCAAGAUACAUUUCCUGCUUUUAAAUAUAUCUUUACACUCUUGCAAUUAAAGACUGCAAAAAAGGACUGUGUU